AUGGAGGAAACGCAUCGACACGGCGCCUCGGUGCCCCUCACUCAUCUCCCUCCUCACUCCCACAUCUCUCACGAUACCUCAAUCGCUUACAAUGCCGCCACGACCACCGCCCUGGAGCCAUCCGCGCCGCACCGCCGCAUCAGCAUCGGCAGCGACGAGGAAAGCCAGCCGCCCCCGCGCUACACGCUAGAGAACGACCCGUUCCAACUGGCCUCCAAACUGAAAACCCCGGAGGAGAUCGAACAGAUCCAACCGCAAGCCAACACGGCCCGCAAGCGCGAUUCCGUCCAGCAGCGGACCUCCUGCCUCCCCUCGGCCAGCCUUGGCGGCGGCGGCGUCCAGCGCGCGCUGGCCUCCCGCCAACUGCAGGGGUUCUACCAGACGCAGAACGAGAACAUCGAGCGCAUGCUCAAGCCGGUGGAAGAGCACGUGCGGGACGCGCGCGAGACGAACAGCGGCAACCAGCUGAAAUACAAGAUCGCGGUGUACGGCAGCUUCGCGGCGAACGUGAUCCUGUGCGUGCUGCAGCUGUACGGGGCGAUCUCGUCGGCGUCGCUCUCGCUGUUCACGACGAUGGCGGACGCGAUCUUCGACCCGAUGUCCAACCUGACUCUGCUGCUGUCGAACAAGGCCGUCAACCGCGUCGACGCCCGCAAGUUCCCCGCCGGCAAGGCCCGCAUCGAGACCGCCGGCAACAUCUGCUUCUGCUUCCUCAUGUCGGCCGUCUCGUUCAUCCUCAUCGCCUUCUCCGUGCGUGAGCUCGCCGAGGGCUCCGAGAGCGAGACCGGCUCCUUCCACUUGCCGUCCGUCGUCGCCGUUAUCGUCGCCUUCUGCACCAAGUUCGCCCUCUUCCUGUACUGCUUCGCCCUCAAGGACCAGUACUCGCAGGUCCGCAUCCUGUGGGAGGACCACCGCAACGACCUGUUUAUCAACGGGUUCGGUAUUCUGACUUCCGUCGGCGGCAGUAAGCUGCGCUGGUGGAUCGAUCCCGCCGGCGCAAUCCUGCUGUCCGUGCUCGUGGCGGCGCUGUGGCUGCAUACCGCCUACCAUGAGUUCCAGCUCCUGAUCGGCGUCACGGCCGAUACCAAGAUGCAGCAGCUGAUCACUUAUAUCUCAAUGACCCACUCCCCCCUCAUCACCGCCAUCGACACCGUCCGCGCCUACACCUCCGGCCCCCGCCUGGUCGUCGAGGUCGACAUCGUCAUGGACCCCGACGACUCCCUGCGCGCCACCCACGACGUCGCCGAGGAGCUGCAGACCAAACUCGAGUCCCUGCCAGACGUCGAGCGCGCGUACGUCCACGUGGACUACGAGACCACGCACAAGCCGGAGCAUUUCUUGAAGAAGGAGCUUUAGGCUUGGUACCGUUACAGCGGUAAUCGGAAUUGAAUAUACGCGUUUGACGAAGCACGUCUCGUUGAUAGGGUAGGAGGAUCGGUGCAUUGGUUCGAUGCUACACCGGGUGUCGCCGGUGGUAUCCUGUAUAUGUGGUGUCUGUUUACAUCUCUCUCAUAAAAAUAGCUUAACAUAGAAUUUGAUCUAAA